AUGGAUGACACCGAACGACGUACAGCGAAACGCUCUCGAUUCGAUCAAACCGAACCCGAGCCGCGACGCUCCCGUUUUGAUCGCAGAUCGCGUUCACCUCCAGCUAAGAGGUCGGAUCAUGGUCGCGAUCGUAGCCCAUUGCCCAAGGAUGGGCAGAAGAGCGCGUCCGACUCGAAAAGCCCAGUUGACCCGGCUGCUGCAGCAGCUGCCGCCGCCGCCAAGAUCAAUGCCCAGAUCCAAGCCAAGAAAGGAAUUCAACAUGUCGACGUACCUCCGAUCAAGUCUUCGUCAUCUGCAUCUCCCGGCCCCAAUUCUGCGAGCGCGCCCGGCGGCAAUGGAUCCAACAACAUCAACGGCGAAAUGUACAUCGCUGAUGGCGAUUACAUCAAGGAUAUCGAAGUGAACGAUUUGCGCAACCGAUACCUACUCACGAAGAGCUCAACACAGAAGAUGAUUAAAGAGGAAACCGGAGCUGAUGUCACGACUCGAGGAAAUUAUUACCCCGAUAAAAGCAUGGCGACGCCAUCGAAUCCCCCGUUGUUCCUCCACAUCACGAGUACCUCGAAAACCGGCCUCGAGGCCGCGGUUGCCAAGAUUGAGGAGAUGAUGAAGCAAGAGCUGCCCAAUCUAGUUGAUGAGCGACGCUUCCGACGCCGAGACCAAGAACAGGUAGAGCGAGAUGAGUUUGGACGCCGUAAAUGGCCGGAGGCGAAGAUACCCAUUGGCCUGGAAGAAAUUCGCGGUUUUAAUCUUCGAGCCCAAAUCGUCGGACACGGUGGCUCUUACGUGAAGCACAUUCAGCAAGAGACCGGUUGUCGUGUCCAGAUUAAGGGACGUGGCUCAGGAUAUCUCGAGGCUUCUACGAAUCGCGAGAGCGAUGAUGAGAUGUACCUCCAUGUCGCUGGCCCUGAUCCAAAGAUGGUUGAUAAGGCCAAAGAGCUAUGUGAAGAUCUCAUUGCCAACGUGAAGGAACAGUACGAGGAGUUCAAGAGUCGGCCACCCCGUCCACAUUAUGGUGGCCACGGCGGUGGUAAUGGCGGCGGUUAUGGAGAGCGAUCGUAUGGAGAGAGAUCCUACGGCGGUGAUAGAUAUGGUGAUCGACAGGCCAGUGGUUCGGGUUCCUAUGGUGGAUAUGGUGGUUACAACAACUCGCCAAACCCCGCCGCAAAUGCGGCCUCUCCUGCACCACCUGGCCAAGGAAGCCCUUCUACCGCUAGCAAUGAUUAUGCUGCACAAUACGCGCAGUACUACGGUGCUGGUCAAGACCCCUAUGCUGCAUACGGUGGUUACGCGGCGUAUAUGCAGUACUACCAGCAGUAUUACGCUGCUGCGCAAGCCGCUCAGCAAGGAUCCCCGACGCCUCCCGUACCAGGAGCUUCAGCUUCUCCGCCGCCGCCACCUCCGCCUAGCGAAGCUCCCCCACCGCCUCCUCCUGGCGGAUCUGCACCUCCCCCUCCUCCCCCUCCUGGAGCAGGAAGCUAUGGUGCUUAUGGUCAAACCUUUUUGGGGGACACAGAAUACAAGAAGCCUGUUCUUCUAGAAGCCUCCGACGCAAUGAGUCACCAACGCUACCCGUCGAUCGAUCCCAAAGAACCGCAUUCCGUCUCCCUGAAGGUCUUACGGCUCUCGCGCCCCUCCCUCGUCGUCCAACAUCCCCUCCCACCGCCCCUCGCUUCUUCCCCUCCGCCGUCCGCGUCGUCGUCUCCGCUAUCCCCGGUAUUAGCGGAAAAAGAGAGGGCGAGGGAGAGGAGGGACGCGCCGACGCCGGCUUCGCUCGCGUACAGCACCACCGCCGACUCGAUCCCCGGCCCGUUCCUGCUCGCGCCCAUACUCCAGCUGCCGCCCUCGUUCGGGUCCGCAUACGUCGGCGAGACGUUCAGCUGCACGCUCUGCGCGAACCACGAUGUGCCGCUGCCGGGCGAGGUCGCAGCAGCGUCGGGAGUUGGGGGUGCUAGCGGUAGCAUCGGCGGUUUGACGCCGCUGUCGGCGCCGCCGCCGGGCGCCCCGCCCAAGAAGAAGUUCACCAAGGACGUCAAGAUCGAGGCCGAGAUGAAGACGCCGAGUUCAGCGGGGGCGCUGAAAUUGCCGUUGAUGGGGCCGGACGGGGUCGUCGAUGAUGAUGAGAACGGGGGCGGGGGUACUGGGACGGAUUUGGAGCCCGGACAGACGCUCCAGCGGAUCGUCAAUUUCGACCUGAAGGAGGAGGGCAACCAUGUGCUCGCGGUCACGGUGAGCUACUACGAGGCGACGGAGACGUCGGGCCGCACGAGGACGUUCAGGAAGCUGUACCAGUUCAUAUGUAAGGGGUCGCUGAUCGUUAGGACCAAGGUCGGCGCCCUGCCGCUGUCUCCGCCUGGUUGCAUCACUGGUAAAAGCGACGGCAACAGCAAUAGCAAAAUUGCCAGGAGGUGGGUUAUGGAAGCCCAGCUCGAGAACUGCAGCGAGGACGUCAUGCAACUGUACCGCGUGGGGCUCGAGCUGGAGAAGGGGCUCAAGUACCGAGAUUGCAACUGGGAGGUCAGCGAGAGUAAGAGGCCCGUCUUGCACCCUGGCGAAGUGGAGCAGUGCUGCUUCGUCGUCGAGGAGAAGCCCGGCGAGGAGGUGGAAGAGGAGGAGGAUGGCAGGAUCGUGUUUGGCGUCUUGGGGAUUGGCUGGAGGAGCGAGAUGGGGAAUAAGGGGUUCUUGUCGACGGGGAAGUUGGGCACGAGACCUGUUAGGUGA